AUGGCAGUGCACCUGUUUGGAGGCGUGUGGAGCCCCAGUUGUGCCAACUUUGCCCUCAGACGGACGGCAGAAGAUAAUGUUGACGACUUCAAUGCUGAUGUUGUGGCUACAGUGAAGGAGAACUUCUUCGUGGACGACUGCCUGAAGUCCCUAGAUUCCGAGGGUGAAGCAGUUGAGACGGUGAAGCAGUUGACUGACAUACUGGCGAAGGGAGGUUUCCGCCUGACAAAGUGGAUUAGCAAUAGCAGAAGAGUAAUUGAAUCUGUGCCGCCGGAAGAGAGAGCCAAGGGUGUCAAGAACCUUGAUCUUAGUCAAGAAGAUCUACCUGUUGAGAGAGCGUUGGGAGUCCAUUGGGAUACUGAGCACGACUAA